AGAAAAGUGUACCCUUGAACGACGCCGCUGUUAGAGAUCCAAUUCCAUAUCCAAUCACAUAUAUACCAAUUCCAUUUCAUUGUUUUUGCAUCUUAAAAUCCCACCCAAAAAGUAAAGAACCGAUUCUAAUUAACUCGAUUAAACUUAAAUUAAAUAAAUUACUUAAUUGAAAUUUUUGUCUUCGUCUUCCCUAUGGUCAUUGAUUUUGGAUCUUAACACCAUCCCAUGUUGUUUUUUAAUGUCUUCUCUCAACACUCUCACGUGCUAUCUCCUUCUUCUCCUCCUCACUCUUCCCCACUCUAGUACAAAUCAAAUCCUAAUUAAAUUAAAUCUCUCUUACAAUAAAUAAAUAAAAUAUCCUUCAAAAUCUCUCUCUCCAUUAUUACCAAUAUAUAUUAUAUAUAUACUGAGAAAGAACCUGUUUUUCAGUGAAAGAUACCUCUUUUACAAUACCCUUUUCAUCAAAGUGCAAAAACCUGCAUGCCCAUUUCAGUUUCAGUUUCAAGUUUGCACCUUUUCCAUCCAAAACUGUUAAUUGAGUUGAAGAUUUGAUGAUGGAUAAGUAUGAGCUUGUUAAGGAUUUGGGUGCUGGCAAUUUUGGUGUGGCUAGGCUUUUGAGGAAUAAGGAGACCAAGGAGCUUGUUGCUAUGAAAUACAUUGAACGUGGCCAAAAGAUUGAUGAGAAUGUGGCUAGAGAGAUUAUCAACCACAGGUCUCUUCGGCACCCAAAUAUAAUUCGCUUCAAGGAGGUGGUUUUGACCCCUACUCAUUUAGCAAUAGUAAUGGAGUAUGCAGCUGGAGGGGAACUCUUUGAGAGGAUCUGUAAUGCUGGUCGGUUCAGCGAAGAUGAGGCUAGAUAUUUCUUUCAGCAACUGAUAUCUGGUGUCCAUUACUGUCAUGCCAUGCAAAUAUGUCACAGAGAUUUGAAGCUGGAAAAUACACUUUUAGAUGGAAGCCCUGCACCUCGCUUGAAAAUUUGUGACUUUGGUUAUUCCAAGUCAUCUUUGCUUCAUUCCCGACCCAAAUCAACUGUUGGAACUCCAGCUUAUAUAGCACCGGAGGUUCUUUCUAGGAGGGAGUAUGAUGGGAAGUUGGCUGAUGUCUGGUCCUGCGGAGUGACCCUUUAUGUCAUGCUGGUUGGAGCAUAUCCCUUUGAGGAUCAAGAUGACCCUAGAAAUUUUAGGAAAACAAUUCAGCGCAUAAUGGCUGUUCAAUACAAAAUCCCUGAUUAUGUCCACAUAUCUCAAGAUUGCAAACACCUCUUAUCUCGUAUAUUUGUUGCAAAUCCAUUAAGGAGAAUUUCUCUCAAGGAAAUCAAGAACCAUCCAUGGUUUUUAAAGAAUCUUCCAAGGGAGCUAACUGAAUCAGCCCAAGCUGCGUAUUACCAGAGAGGCAACCCAAGCUUUUCUAUUCAAAGUGUGGACGAGAUAAUGAAAAUUGUGGGAGAGGCAAGAGAACCUCCUCCGGUAUCUAGGCCGGUCAAAGGUUUUGGCUGGGAAGGCGAAGAAGAAGAGGAGGAAGAAGUGGAAGAAGAGGUUGAGGAAGAGGAGGAUGAAGAAGAUGAGUAUGACAAGAGGGUCAAAGAGGUUCAUGCAAGUGGAGAAUUUCAAAUCAGUUAAGCAGUGUAAUUCUUGUUAUAAAGUAUUGGUAUUUUUUAUGCUAGAAAGGAACUAUUUAUGUGUACUAUAAUUUAUAACUGCUAUAAGACUUCUGAAAUCGUUCAUGUAUGAUAAUAUUUUUCAAUUACCUGUCUCUGUUA